AUGGAAACGGAGAUGGAGGCGCAGAGCGCGGGGGCCGAGGACGGCUUCUCCCAAGUCACCUGCAAGGGUGGCUGGCGGGCGAAGAAAAGGCAGGCUGAGCAGCUGUCCGCCGCGGGGGACGGCGGGGACGCGGGCCGCAUGGACACGGAGGAGGCCCGGCCCGCGAAGAGGCCCGUUUUCCCUCCCCUCGCCGGGGAUGGUUUCCUGAGUGGGAAAGAAGAAACAAGGAAAAUUCCAGUCCCAGCUAAUAGAUACACGCCAUUAAAAGAGAACUGGAUGAAGAUAUUUACUCCUAUUGUAGAACAUUUGGGACUUCAGAUACGGUUUAACUUGAAGUCGAGGAAUGUAGAAAUUAGGGACGCACUUGCCCUCAUUAGGUUGGAUGAUCUCUUCCUAGAGUCUUUUGAAAUUACAGAUGUGAAACCCCUAAAGGGAGACCACCUGUCAAGGGCAAUAGGAAGAAUCGCUGGCAAAGGAGGAAAAACCAAAUUCACCAUAGAGAAUGUGACACGGACACGGAUAGUUUUGGCUGAUGUGAAAGUUCAUAUCCUUGGCUCUUUCCAAAACAUCAAGAUGGCAAGAACUGCCAUUUGCAACCUCAUCCUGGGAAAUCCUCCAUCAAAGGUUUAUGGCAAUAUCCGAGCUGUGGCUAGCAGAGCAGCAGAUCGAUUCUGAUUUCAAAUCAGAGACCUUUUGUCUUUGGACUCUAGAGAAAAAGCCCUUGCCCUCUGCACAUGCUUAUGAGAAACCACACGAAGAACUUUUCAGUCACGUUAAGCCUCCAUCGCUUCUUCUGUUCUCAGCCAGAAGCAUCAACAGAAAGGUUUGAUAAUAUUCACAUGAAGCAACUUGAGGAUAAUUCCCCUGCCUGAAUUUAUUAUCAUUAUUGUACUUAUACAUUAAUUAUAAUUUGUCACUUCAUUUUAAAUAAAAGAUUUACAUAGUUUAA